GGUUGGUGACUUGGUGUGGCAUUCACACGUGCGUAUCGUGGAAAUGUAUCAAUAAUUUACACGCCUAAUGAAACGUACCUUUGGUUAGGUUGGUAAUAGUACUUUGAGCUUAUAAUGCUAAACAAAGAUAUAAAUCGAACAAAAAAACGCUGCGUUUUGUUUCCACAUCUCUUUCUCUCUUAAGUCUCAAGCAAGAAAAAUGGGUGUGAUCUCUCCGAUUGAGACUCUGUUCUUAAAGUCUCAACAUCGUCUUCUUCAACCUCGAAACUAUUCCUACCCACUUGUUUUUCACAACACUCGACGAGUUGCGACUUUCCCAUGCAACAGCUUCUCAUUCUCUUCUCAAGGAUCAUGCUCUGUAGAUUUUCCAAUACAAAGUAACCUGAUUUCGCAAAAUGGAAAGUCAAGUUAUCCUUGGCGGAGAUAUGUAUCCGAAUCUGACUCAAACGAGAUGUACCAUAAGAAGGUUUCUUCUAUAAUGGAAACAUUAAAGCAAGCCAACUCUUUUAUUCCUCAUGCAAUUCUCUUAAGUACAAUCUUAGCUCUUCUCUAUCCACCUUCUUUUACAUGGUUCAAGCCAAGGUACUUUGUGCCUGGUUUAGGGUUCAUGAUGUUUGCAGUUGGAAUCAACUCGAACGAAAGAGACUUUCUCGAAGCUCUUAAAAGACCAGAUGCUAUUUUUGCCGGUUACAUAGGACAAUACUUGAUAAAACCUCUCUUAGGUUACAUUUUCGGCGUAAUUGCUGUCUCUCUUUUCAAUCUACCUACUUCUAUAGGUGCUGGAAUUAUGUUGGUCUCAUGUGUUAGUGGAGCUCAGCUAUCAAAUUACACAACUUUCUUGACCGAUCCUUCACUCGCGCCGCUUAGCAUCGUCAUGACAUCUGUCUCAACCGCUACUGCGGUCCUCGUUACACCCAUGCUUUCACUCUUACUCAUUGGUAAAAAGCUUCCCGUUGAUGUGAUUGGGAUGAUCUCUAGCAUUCUCCAAGUCGUAGUUACACCUAUUGCCGCAGGACUACUUCUAAACAGGUUAUUUCCAAGGUUGUCUAAUGCAAUCAAACCAUUUCUCCCGGCGUUAACAGUUAUCGAUAUGGGUUGUUGCAUAGGAGCACCCCUUGCUUUGAAUAUAGAUUCAAUCUUGUCUCCGUUUGGUGCAACCAUCUUGUUCAUCGUCAUAACGUUUCAUCUCUUGGCUUUCGUCGCUGGUUACUUUUUCACUGGUUUCUUCUUCAGCAAGGUACCUGAUGUAAAAGCUCUACAAAGAACAAUUUCUUACGAAACCGGAAUGCAAAGUAGUCUUCUCGCUUUGGCCCUCGCGACAAAGUUCUUUCAAGAUCCUCUCGUUGGAGUGCCUCCAGCAAUCUCCACAGUAGUUAUGUCUCUAAUGGGCGUCUCGCUUGUUACCAUAUGGAAAAACAGAAAGGAGUAGUGCCAUGAACCCUAAUUAGGGAUUUUGCAGAAUUUCUGUUGUUUAUGGUCGGCUGUUCUAAUUGUUUUUGUAAUGGUCAGUGUUUCUGUAAUAAUCUAGUUAUGGUUUUUUUUUUUUUUAAUGGUUAUGGUUUCUUAGUUAUGGUUUCUUAUAAAAGAACCAAGAGUUUACCCAUAAAAAGUUUAAAACGAUUUCAAUUUUGUUCUUGAUCGGUUCUGAUACAAAACCCGGUUAUAUUAAACCAAAACAGAGCCAAGAAAGAAGAGAACAAUGUACAAGUUUUUUUUUAUUUACUAUUCAUGUGUAAGACUUGUGAUAUAAAGGUUGAGACUUUCAUGGAA